GAGGAAAUGAAUGGCGAAGAUGCAGAAGAGGAUCAGGAAAAAAUCAAGGUUGACGAUGCACUCACUGCUGUGAACUUGGAGGCACAGCGAAAAAAAGGUGAAAGUAUACGACAACAGUUGUUAAUAUGGGAUCGUUUACUACAUCUCCAUAUAAAAUUACACGCCGCAUUGAGAGCCUACAAUCAAUUGCCUCGCGGUGACUUGGCGAAAAAGUUAUUGAAAGAGGCCGACGAAGAAACUGUCAAGAAUUAUCAACAGGGUUGGUGA